AUGAGUAUUGACUAUUCAUAUUUAGCACCUCCUUUAGGAGCUCAUUCAGUAUAACACACAGGUACUCAGAACCACUAUUCAAUACCUAGAUUAUUAUAUUAAACAUCAUGAAAGAGAAAAAGGAGCUCGUAAAAUUUACGAUUGUGUUCCUUAUGAUUCUUUUGAACAAGAAAAGAUUAAAGAACUCAAAUAAGAAAUCUAAAAAUUAAAUAUAUAGCUUCCAUCAGAGUAAUUAUUUUCUUUUAUAAAACAGUUGGAAAGAGAGUGAUUAUUUAAAAAUUGGCUACUCAGGUCGCUUUAAAAUGAAAGAAGUUAUUAAAGUAAAUAAUGAAAUCAUUUUACCUUUAGAAAUUGCAAUUACAUUUAGCUUGGAGAGCUAAUCCAAUAUAUCAUUAAAUUAAUCCAGCAACUGAAAAAUUUCUCAAAGAUGGUAUCUGUUAUGUAUUUGGAAGAGACAAACAAUAUCGUCCUAUUGUUAUAUUGAAUGCACAUUUAAUUGAUUUAAAAAAAGUAUAAACAAAACUCAAUUUUAUAUAGUAUGAUAAAGAAACGAUAAUUUAGGCAUUGUCAUUUUAAAUGGGAAUUAUAAAAAAAUAUAUGUUCAUUCCUGGUAAAGUUGAAAAUUGGAUAUUUUUAUUGGAAAGUAAUGGUUUAGGAGUUUUUGGUUUGCCAACAAAAGCAUUAUAAGUGGUUAUUGAUACUAUGAGCACUAAUUUUGGUGGUUGUUUAGAAAAGAUGUUCAUUUUGAAUCCAUCAACAGGUUUGAAUUUUUUAUGGAAAACUAUAUCUGGAUUUUUAGAUCCUGAAACUGCAGAAAAAAUAAAUUUUUUAUAAAAGAAAGAAUUUAUGAAAUUACAGUAAAUUAUUGAUUCAAAUCAAUUAGAAUAAAAAUAUGGUGGUACAUAACCAAAUUAAACUACAUUCUGGUAUCUAUAUCUUAUUUAAAUAGGCCCCCUUAUAAUUUAGAUUUAAUUGAUGGAAGAAGUGUUCCUAAAUAAAAAUAACAAAUUGAUUAAUUUAUUCCUUUAAGAAAUGAUGAAAAAUAGAUUUAAUAAAAUGAUGAUCCUUAUGAUAAUGUUGAAAAUAAUGUAAAUGAUUUUUUUGAAAAUCAAAAGAGAUUGUAUAAUUUUGAUCAAAAGAAGUCAGCUGAAUUUGGAUAAGUAAAUUAAAAUAAUGAUAAAGAAGAGGAAUAACCUUAAAAAUAAGAAUUGAAUGAUUAAGAUUAAUAAAAAGAAAAUGAUUAAAUUCAUCAAUUUCUCGUAUAAGAUAAUUAAUAGCAGUAAUAAAUUGAAUAAAAUCAUAAUGACUAAAAUCUCUAAUCGAAUUAACAUUAAUAAAUUGUUGAGGAAAGCAAAGAAGUGGAAAAUUAACAUUAAGACAAUGAAUAAAAAGCAGGAUAAAUUUCUAAAUAAGAACCUGAAUAAGAAGUUUAGAAAUUACCUGAAUAGUAAGAUGAUUAAUAAUAAUAAUAAUAAUAAUAAUAAUAAUAAUAAUAAUAAUAAUAAUAAUAAUAGAAUCAAGAGUAAACUCAAAAAGUUGAAUCUGAUGUUAAUAAUAAAAAUUAACAUGAAGAAGAACUUUAAAUUGUAAGCAAUGCAUCUGCAACAAAAAUCAUAUAACCAGAAGAAGUUUAAGGAUAAAAUAUUGAAAUAACUUAAGUUGAUCCUGUUUCCAAUACCGCUUGUUGUAAAAGUUGUGAGAUAUUCUGA